CUUUUUACAGCAGGCCUUACUGUUAAGAAUAAAUGUAUACAAUACUCGAAGGGUGUGAAAUAGUGUUUGACACCCCUGAUUGGGAAUCUGCGCCGUCUGACGUCACUAAAGUAGUGCGCGCGGACUAGUCAUCCCCUCCACUACGCGAGAGAGCGCGCGCCUCCGUCUCGAAUGCGGGGGAUCCAGAUGCGCGCCCGUGCGCGGCACAGCUCGUCCGGUUAGAGCUCGGAUUCCAGGAGAGAGCGACACGCUCAACGUCCAAGCCGAGCUGCGAGGGGAGACAGGCGAGCAAGCUGCACUGGCAGUAAAAAGAAAAGAGAGAAAGAUAGAUAGAUAGAAAGAAAGAAUUAUUACAUAGUAAUAAUAUGAACUGCAUCACCCCGGGAAUACGCGGAUGUAAAAAUCGAGCGCGCGUGAUCUCGUUUAAUUCGGCUGGAAUUAUGAGGAUGGACGCGCAGCUUGGAAUUACCGGCGCUUUAAGAUUGUGAACUAGUGUGGACCUCUCUUAACCUCCUGCUCUUGCCAUUUUGUGCAUUGUCGGAUUUUUUUUUAUUUAUGUCUUCUCUUAUUUUUUAACUCUCUCUCUCUCUCUCUGUAUACAUAUAUAUAUAUAUUUUUUUAUUAUUUUCUUUUUCCCCCAAUGUCGUGCAUCCUCCGGUAUUUUUCUAUGCUUUCGUAUCCCGCGUGACCGAAGCCCGGUGGGCGGAUAGAUGGUGAAAAGCUUCACACUGAAAAGCUGCUCGAUCUUGUGAACUGAGGCGCGUCAUGGACGGCGAACUUCGUUCGUACCUAAAAAACGCAUCCGGCACUGUCGAAUAACUGCUGCUGGAAGAGAUCAGGACAAAUGACAUAGGAUGAACACUGCUGCCCAGCUGUGUCUGUGUUUGCUGUCGUCCCUUCUCACCCUGGCCUGGGUGGCAGUGCCGCUGUGCCAGGCUUCCCCCUGCUCCUCCCUUGUGGCAGGGGUCCUGUACGGCUCCUUCUCCCUCAGGGACCUUUUCCCCGGCCCACACGGCCUGAGAACUGGCUGCUCGUGGACCGUGGAGAACCCCGAUCCGACCAAGUACACUCUCUACUUCCGCUUCAACCGCCACGCCGGCUUUUGCCUAGCAUUCUCACCGCUAGUGUUGCCCCUGGACCACUACCUCCCCAACCAGACGUGUGGACAGGCGCUGCCCGACCCGGAAUCCGUAGAGCCGUGCCAGGUACCUGGUCCUCAUGCUUUCCUGCAAUUUGAUAAGAACUUUGUGCAAUUGUGCCUCGCUGCAGAGAUCAAACAAGAUUCCGAUGAAGUGAAGGGACCUCUGUCUGCUGAAACGUUGGACUUCAGGCUUGUGGAAGUUCUGCUGAUCAACAAUGAGAAUUCCAGCCAGUUUACAUGUGGCGUGUUGUGCCGCUGGUUUGAGGAGUGCCUCCGUUCCGGCUCUGGUAGAGAGAGUGAAGGCUGUGGAAUCACCCAAACUGGCUGUGUGUGCCCUAACGCUGGGCCUCCAGUGCCAAUACUGCCCGCUACUCCCCACAACCACUCUCUGGACCCCAGUGCCAGUGUGCUGCUGCCGCCCACUGAUGACUGCUGUGUCACCCAACUGCAUGGCAAGAACGGUAUCUCCAACAUUGCACCCAGAGAUGUUCAUCAAGACUUUGACGAUGAUGAGCAGAAGGUCAAGACCCAGAGGCCAAGAUCAGCGGACCAGCCGGGAGUGUUCCAAGCCCAGACAGGUGAUCCAGCAGCUGAGGAGUGGUCUCAGUGGAGUGUGUGUUCGCUGACGUGUGGGCAGGGUUGGCAGGUGCGUACUCGCUCCUGUGUGUCCUCUCCUUAUGGCACACUGUGCAGCGGGCCGCUGAGGGAGACGCGCCUCUGCAACAACACUGCCACCUGCCCAGGUGAGCCACAGCAUCAAGCAGUGGAGGGGCAGUGGUUGGAUUGGGCUUCUUGGUCUCGUUGUUCAGUAUCAUGUGGAACUGGCACUCAGCAGAGGCAGCGGCGCUGCAGUGUGUCUGUACACGGCUGGGCCGAGUGUAAAGGUCCGCACUCAGAAACGAGAGAGUGCACUAACCGGCCUUGUGAUGGAGGUGGAAACUGGGGAGCAUGGAACCAGUGGAGUCUGUGCUCGAAGACAUGCGAUUCAGGUUGGCAGCGCCGCUUUCGGAUGUGUGAAGGCACGGGAAUCCAGAAUUACCCCUGCGAUGGUUCAGGGGAGGAAGUGCGCUCCUGCAACGACAAGAAGUGCCCAGCACCUCAUGAGAUAUGCAAGGAUGAGUACCAAGGUUUAAUGACAUGGAAGAGAGCUUCCGCUGGAGAGACGGUCUACAACAAAUGUCCAUCAAAUGCCACUGGAUCUGCUAGUCGUCGAUGUUUGCUGGACGCUAAUGGAGUUGCUUACUGGGGUCCUCCGAGCUUCGCCCGAUGCAUCUCACUUGAAUAUAGAUAUUUACAUUUAUCUUUACGAGAGCAUCUUGCGAAGGGUCAGAGGACCCUGGCAGGGGAGGGCAUGUCUCAGAUCGUGAGGAGUCUCCUGGAGUUAAUGUCCCGCCACAGCUAUUAUAGCGGUGACCUCUUAUUCUCCGUGGAGAUUCUCCGAAAUGUGACGGACACCUUCAAGCGAGCAACCUACAUCCCAGCUCCCGACGACGUGCAGAAAUUUUUCCAGAUAGUCAGCUUAAUGUUGGACAUGGACAAUCUUCAAAAAUGGGAAGAUGCUCACCAGGUCUCUCCAGGCGCCAUGCUACUAAUGCGAGUUGUGGAAGACUUCAUUCAUCUCAUCGGUGAAGCGCAAAAGCCUUUCCAAAGCUUUCUUGCUGUCACCACUAACCUCAUAAUCAAUAUCCAACGAGAGCCAGUGUCAGCUGUCUCCAGCGACAUUAACUUCCCUAUGAAGGGAAGGAGGGGGAUGAAGGACUGGGCACGCUCAGCAGAAGACAAGCUCUUCAUCCCUAAAGAAGUCUUCAGUCUGUCCUCUGAUGAAUCGGAUGAGGCUUCCUACUUUGUUAUUGGAGCCAUUCUUUACCGCACCCUUGGCUUUAUUCUCCCACCACCGAAAGAUCCUUUGGUGAUCAGCUCAAAGAUUUUAAGCGUCACAGUACGUCCCCUACCCAAACCCACCGAGCCAGUGGUAGUGGUGGAACUGGCACCUCUGCUGAAUGGCACAUCACAGCCACAGUGUGUUGUGUGGGACCACACCAACCCUGAGGCUGGUGAGGAAAACUGGGACGCCGAAGCCUGCAAAACGCUCCCGUCUCCAGCAGUCCACACUAAAUGCCUCUGCAGCAAGAUUUCCACCUUUGCAGUGUUAGCACAGAAAGCUAAAGACCCGGACAUGGGACCAUCCAGCUUGCCCUCAGUACCACUCAUGGUGGGCUGUGGGGUGUCCUGCAUGGCUUUGCUCAUCUUGCUGGUCAUCUAUGCUGCCUCCUGGAGGUACAUUCGCUCUGAGAGGUCCAUCAUACUGGUGAACUUCUGUCUGUCCAUACUGGCCUCUAACAUACUUAUACUAGUGGGACAGUCUCAGACUCUCAGCAAGGGGCUGUGCACUGUGACUGCUGCCUUUCUCCAUUUCUUCUUUCUGGCCUCUUUCUGCUGGGUUUUAACAGAGGCGUGGCAGUCUUACCUUGCUGUGAUUGGCAAGAUUAGGACACGCCUCAUUCGCAAGCGUUUCCUGUGCUUGGGUUGGGGUCUGCCAGCCCUGGUUGUUGCUGUAUCUGUAGGAUUUACCAGAGCUAGGGGCUACGGCACACCAAACUACUGCUGGUUGUCUCUGGAAGGAGGUCUGCUCUAUGCGUUUGUUGGUCCUGCAGCCGUCAUUGUUUUGGUGAACAUGCUUAUUGGGAUCGUGGUCUUCAACAAGCUCAUGUCGAGAGACGGCAUCUCAGACAAAUCUAAAAAGCAAAGAGCAGGUCCGUCGCUGGAGGCGCGUAGCAGACUGCUCCUCCAGUGCUCCAAGUGUGGGGUGAUCUCCAGCACCGCUCUGUCCAGCUCCACCGCCAGCAGCGCCAUGACGUCAUUGUGGAGCUCAUGCGUUGUUCUGCCGCUGCUGGCGCUCACGUGGAUGUCAGCAGUGUUAGCCAUCACGGAUCGGCGCUCCACGCUCUUCCAGGUGCUUUUCGCAGUCUUCGACUCGGUCCAAGGCUUCGUCAUCAUCACUGUUCACUGUGCCAUGAGGCGAGAGGUACAAGACGCUGUGCGCUGUAGGAUGGGUGGAUGUAAGGACGACAGUGAAAACUCGCCGGACUCCUGCAAAAACGGCCAGGUGCAGAUCAUGACUGAUUUUGAGAAAGACGUGGACUUGGCAUGUCAAACAGAGAGAGGACAUCCAUUCAUCUUCAAGGAGGUGAACACAUGCAACCCAGCUAGCAUCACGGGCACACUGUCACGCAUUUCCCUGGACGACGAGGACGAUCCCAAGUUAGCCACCCAUCAAGAAGGCAUCAACUUCAGCAGUCUGCCCGGCAACAUCCCCCCACCCAACCUCCUGGCACAGGUGCCAACUCUGGGCACGUUGAACGAGCUCAAUGAGACGCCCCGGAAAAAGGAGGUCAAUGUGGAACAGCAGGGCCAGCACCAACGCUCGGCACCAGUCUACCUGUGCACGGAGAGUGCAUUGGGUUGGGCACGGCCGUCUACUGCUGUCACUGACCCAUCAAGCAGUGUAGGGGGAGGCGAAGGGGACUACAUGGUACUACCACGGCGGACGGUCAGCCUCAAGCCCAAUCCGAUACAGGAAGAGGAAAAACCUCUCAAUAUCAGUGUGGAAGAUCCACCUUUUCCUCCGCCCCCUUCACCCAUGACCCUUCACCCGGCUGAGAGUGAGCCAUACCCAGCAGACUUUGCCACUGUGGACCAUGUUGGUGUAGGUCUGAGCCGAUCCUAUGGUACUGUCAAGCAGGUACCCGGCCUCGCCAGUGCCCACACGCUGCAGGUGAAGCAAAGCCGGCCAUCCAUCAGGCAGAUCUUCACAUCCGGCAAGGCAGAACGCACCAGGACCCUGCCCCGCAAUUUGGGCAGCGCCAAUGCCAAUGUCUCAGCUGGCUCCCUGGAAAGGAAAAGAGUACGAUACUCUGAGCUGGACUUUGAGAAAGUGAUGCACACUCGCAAAAGACACUCAGAGCUCUACCAUGAACUCAACCACUCCACCAAGUUCCACACCAUAGAUAGGUAUAGCAGGGACCCUGCCGUGACCAUGUUUAAGAGAGAAAAGCGACGAAGCAUUUCAUCUGCCAGUGGUGAAAAGAACUCACUGAGUGACAAGGCCACAGCAGAUGAGCAGCAAUCCUGGGACAGCUUUAAGACAAUGACAACCGAGCCAUCGUCCGGCUCCGGCGGACAAAAAAUGGAUCGAGUGGAGCUGCACAGUAAAGCCUGGGAUGCUUCCUCCGCAAACACUCCUGACACAUCCGAGGGAGACUUCCAGACUGAAGUGUGAGGAAACACACACACCGAAAGGACACACGCAUAAAUGGAAUGAGAUUUACCAAAAGGAGAAUCUAUAAAAGGAUUAUACAUUUGUUUACGAGAAUAGACCAUUAAAAAAAAAACUUCUAUAUUUUCACAUGGACACUUUCAGUGAACAAAAACGGGGCUCGGAGAGUAUAUGGGAAAAUUUUUAAAAAACUGUUUCUGAAAUGUCUUGAUUUUACUCUGGAAAGGAUUCUCUUUCACACAUUUGGAAAUUUGGAAAAAAAAAAAUAUUUCUGCACCAUCCUUUUUAUAGAGAUUUAAAAAAAAAAAUACCCCCGUACUCAUGUUUCGCACAUGUGAUCGGCACCAUAGGAUUUUGUUCCACCUUUAUGUCCUGUCUUUCCUAAUAAAUGACUCUCUCUGUUUUUGGGGGAAGGGGGAGGUUUAACACGAUUCAUUAAUAGGAUCAAGAAUCAAACCUCUUUUGAAGUUGUCAUUUUUAUUUUUUGGAUUUUUCCCAAUAUUGUUUAAUUCAUUUGCUUAAACAGUGGAAGAUUAAAAAAAAAAAGAUUUCUGUGCAAGUACGGUUUUAUUCCUUCUGCGACUGUGUGAAUGUUUUUUUUUCCCCUAUGUUCCAUGUUUUUUAAAUUUAUAGGAGUCAUAUAUUGCGUGUUAUUCUAAGUCAAUUGCAUAACAAAAGAUUAAUAAUCAUGAGAAAAAGAUAUAUAGUUUCAAUUUACCCUCCCUUCUGUUCAUCUCAGCUGAAAACACUCAUGAAGAUCCCAUUUCUGCUAGAUAAAAUGCAGCCGUCCUGCAGUAUCACUCUGUAGUAUCAUUCACCCGCUGCUUGAAGUGCUUAUUGAUUCUGCGUUGAUUCAGUGGCUGCUAUCCACUUAAAAUGGAGGAAAAUAAAGUCUGUUGCCAGUGACCCUAAACUAUCUGUUAGCGCAAAGUCCAUUUGUAAUAGAGGCUCAAUAACGGAAUGUAAAAGGCUAAGCUAUGCCAUAACAGCAGAGUCUACAUCAGCAGGGCUGAGAGAGAUUUAUUAGCCCUCAUGAGUACCUCUUCUCUGUAGUGAACUCAUGCUAAAGUCAUAUGAAAGGCAGGAAGGUCAGAGGUCAGAUCUCAACCUCGACCCCAACAAAAAAAAUGGAAUACAGCGAUUUGGUGAUCGAUUUGGUCAAAGGCAUCAUUUGCUUAUGCUCUCAGAAAUAAAGGUACAGAACUGUACUUUUCCUUGUCGCUAGAAACGUAAAGUACUCUAUACCUUUGAAAAUAAUUGAAGGUACACAGUUGGAGCUUAAGGACCACUGAUGUAAUUUUAAAGCCAUACAUACACCACAUGCAUCUUCCCAGGUGAAUGUUCUAUAGCCUACUAAAUGUAUAAAAGAUGUCCCCUUAAUGGUAGCACACCAGUGACAGUGAAAAGUACAGUCUGGUACUUAUGUAAAAAGCUUAUGACAGUCUGUCUGAAAGAAGUCUAAUUUGGUCCACAACAUUGACAGAAAACAUACCUGCUUCCAUAUUUUUAUUAAUAUACAAGGUCUUGUAGUCAGAAUUUGUAUAAAUCACCAAAUAACAAGAAUACACAAUUCAAAUUCUUUGGACUUUUGUUUGUGCUCCCCUUGUUAAUGUUGAAUCUUACAGCUUUUUUUAAGAUAAUUUUUUUUUAAGUUUGUGUAGCAGUCUGGGAAAAUUGAGUUUUUCAGCUAACAAUAUACUUUGAAAUGUAUACUUUACGAAAACAUAAAUACAUUUUGCCAUAACAAUGUGGAAAUUGUUUUUAUUUAGGCUACUUUAUAACCUUGCUUUGGCUGUCUGCCUACAAAUGCAGUUUAACAAAGUUGAACAAACACAGCGGUAAAAGUCAGUCUGAAUAAAAAUGUCUACAACUUUGCUAGCUAUUUAUGAUGUCCUCACAGUUUGAUCACAUUUUCAUGCAGUUACAAGCCAUAGUGAAAUGAACAUAAGCCUUAUCAGAUAUCAGUUUGUCUUCAGAUACCAAGUGUCAAGAUGUCUACAGUGCUCCUGCACCAUCACAUCAUCAUCAGAAUAGAGAAGAGCGCUUACACACUGUACAGAUGACAGUGGACAACUUUUUUCAAAUGUGUCAACAACCUAAUAAAAAGGAAUUAAUAACAAGAAAUUUAGCCAACAGAAGUGUGAAGAGACAUAGACGAGACUUGUGUUUAAAUGCCGUGAGUAACUUUUACUUCAGGUGCAGAGACAGAUACUGAUGUAGAUGAUGCUAAUAAAAUAAAUUAAUAAUAAUAAUAAUAAUAAUAAUAAUAUCCUAUUAUACCCUUAAAAUUCUUUAAUUUCAUAAGUAGAUUAGGUUAUAAAUGUAGUAGUGUAUGAAUGUAUAAACUUAAUGUAUAAACGUUACUUGUGAUUGAGAUAUACAAUAAGAGACAUUGUUAGUUCAAGAAAAUGUAGUUUUCAAAAUGUCAAAAUUUGAUCAUGUGAAGGGUUUUCCCAGACCGCCACACACUCUGCCACUUUUAACUCAUCAGCUUUUUGGAUGUUUGGCUCAAUGUUGUAUGCACUAGUGGAGCCAUUAUUACUAAAAACUACUGUGGCUGUCAUACGCUAAUGCUAUAUGUUUUGUACUUUUGAUAAGCCACAAAGCUACAAAGCCACUCCACGGACCCCUUGUGGAGAAUAUUCAUUUACUCAAAAAGAUCGUCAAGUUAAACAAUAUUAUGCUUGUUAGAGUUCCGAUAAAUUUUUGCUUGUGUUACUCCUAAAUCCCACAAACAACAUUAGCAACUUAUGUAAGUUUUAAUCUAACCCUGCUAAACCAAAACUUUUUCUGUUUAUGCUAACACCGCAGCACUGAAGGCUCAGGUUUAAUACUGAACUGAGUAUAGAGGUCAUUUUUGUUUCCUCCUUCCCACUGCAACUCAUACCAAUUAGGCCAGUUGUGUAGGCUGAUGUAACCACACAUGGAGGCUCGGGGAGAGAGGGAGAUAAUUACCUUUGGGGCUGACAAUUUGUCCUGACAUUUUCCUGCUCGGUGCAACAACCAUCUGCUCAAAGAUCCCUGAAGUCACUACAUCAUAUAGACACAGACCACAAUACAAGACUGCGCCAUUUUGACCUUAAGAACUCAUCUGCAGUAAUAGAGAACGUGUCACAGGAAAUAACACUUUUCCCUCCACUGUGAUUAAAAGUGCUUUCCUCUACAAUUUGCCAACAGGGUGAAGUGAUCAUUUUACACACCCUCAGUUGAACUAAUGCUCAAGCCGACAUUGCACAAGUACUUUCAGUCUUUUGUCAAGUAAGAGCACUAAGCUAGCAUUAGCAUUGCUUUGAAUUAUAAGAGCACCAAGGUAAGUACGCUUCACACACUUCUUGUUUCUUUUUAAUACAUGACUUAUAUACUCCCUUCUUUUCACUAACAGUGCCUAUCUUUUCAUUUUUACACUUUCUUUCUUGUCACUCUGGUCUUUAUUUCUAAAACCGCAUGUACCUUGGAGUGUUUUUUUGUUUGUUUGAUUGAUUAAUUUUUUUUUUUUUUUUUGGUAAAAGUGAAAUGUUCCAUGCAUUAAAUGAAACCGAUCUCUUUCAGAUUACUGAUUCUAGCCCUCGAAACUGUAUUCUCAAUGACUUUAACCCAGACUGCCCCUACCUUAUAUAUAUAUACUUGUAUUGAUCUUGAAAAAGAAAAAAAAACUUGAGAAUUGCCUUACAGUAUAUUUUAUUUUAUUGAAAUAUGUAUUUGAAAAUGUGUGCAUAUGCGUGUUGUGACAUAUGAUUGACAUGAGUAUGCAAACAAAAGCUAACACAAAAAAUAGCCCAACAUGACAUUAUAUAUAUAAAUGUGUGUGUGACCUUUAUUUUCCCCCCAUAUUUCAUCUUGUUUGAACCCGAGGCUUCUUCCACAACCAGCGAUUUUCCCCUAAGCUACAGAUGGCUGUCAGAGAAAGUUCCCUUUGCCCCAUUUCUGUUUUUUUUUUAUACACACAAGAUUGUACAAAGUAGUCCUUUACUGUUUUCAUAGAGUGUCUUUUUAUAUGAAAAUAAAUUUUCAAUCUGA